AUGGUGGAAGACUCAGAAAAGCUAUACCAAGAGAUUAACUCGCCAGACUUCGACGUAUUCCAGUGUGUUGACUACUUGCGUCGUUACUCUGGAGAGAUUGGCGUGCACUUCUACCUCACGAAGAAACUCCGUCUUUAUAAAUAUGACGAUUUGGAGUUUUUGAUACCCCAACUUCUCCAGCUUUUUGUUUCUUUCGAGACGAACUCGAUGGCUCUUGAAGAUUUCCUCUUGGAAUAUUGCAUGAAGUAUACACAUUUCAGCCUAAUUGUGUUUUGGCAUCUACAGGCUUACGUUUUUGAAUUGAAAGACGAACCCAACUCCUAUUCCUUUCAAGUAGUGAGAGGAUUGAUUAACAAACUUCAAGACGUGAUUUUCAAUCCAUACGAGGCUCUGAUAGUGCCAAAGUUCCGUGAGAACUUACAUCCAUCACUCGUGCUUUGUGGGGCCUUAGCUGCUUCUUUUGGCCUUCCAAAAAUCCAUAACUAUACCAAACCCAUUCUCUCAGUCCAGGGCAAACAGCAGAGGUCAUUCGUUUUCAAGCUUGCAAAUUUCCAAAAGGUGCUCACAAAGAACUUGACUCUUAAAAACCAAAAACUUUCAGGGGAACAAAGAUCGGCCCAAUCGGAUGACGAAGGCAGGGAGCCACGAGCUCGACAAAAUACGAAGCCUGAGCGUCAUUCGGAAUCUUCUGCUCGCCAGAAGAAGUAUUCAAGCUCCAGCUUUGCGUCCGAUGAUUCUGAAUUUAAUACUAGUGAUGACGAUGUGGACCAAUUGCCAACGAGCAAACCGCUUAGGAGACAUCACUCUUUCAAUGCUAAAGCUGCUCCUCGUGAUUCAGAAAGCGUUACGCUUCUCAAGUACAUGGAAGAAAAGCUUUCUGCGGAGUCGGUCAUCAAAUCACCUCGUCUCUCGAUGCAAUCGGAGAAGCGUCAGCAAUUUUCUCACUCCAUGCCUGACUUGAGUUCGUCUUCAUCAACAAAAGAUUACGGAGAUUUAAGCCUGCCAAGCGUGGAUUUCUUCCCGUUCAAGGAAAGCACAAAGGCACCAUCUCCGCUUAAUCUGACGCCGCUCUCAUCAGGCACUGACAUCGACCCUGUCAAGUUAUUGAAGCUGAAUUACUCAAAAAACGUGACAGAAUUCAUCUUGGCAUUACAGAACAUCUCCUUAAGGUUAUCUCAACUACCCAAGGAAGCCAGAUUGUCAGCCCUUCGUGCUGAGCUUUCGAUCAUCAAUGAUACUCUACUUCCAGCGGAGGUUGACAUCCCCCAACUUCUUCCCUACACAAGCACUCGCAAUAAGAAAUACCACAAACUUCUCAAGCUUAGUGUUAAUGAGGCUUGUGUUCUAAACUCAGCGGAAAGAGUGCCUUUCUUGAUGUUCGUGGAGUUCUUAAGUGAUGAGAUUGACUUCAAUCCAUCGUCUACGUCCAAUAAAGUCUUGCUUCUGAAAGGAUCUUCAUCCACACAAAGAAGCGGAUCUUCCACCAGAAAAUCAGUCGUGACUAGUCAAGCGUUCGAGUCCAUCAAAGAUACAUCUCAAAGUGUUGAAGCGGACUUGUCUGAUUUGAAGACUUCGCGGCAAAUUGAUUACGAUGAUACACUAAGAACGGGUGUGUCUCAUAUGGAUGUUCUUGAAAAAAUAUCAGCCAGCUCGUCAAACCCCCUUGAUGUCGCCUCAAAGAAUAGAGCAGAUCAGAUGCGUAUCGCUGCUGUGAUGUUACAACAAUUAGAAGCAUCGGGGCAAGCAACAUCUGAGCAAUCUUCUGCAAUAAAGAAUCGUAUCAUUGAAUCAAUGAUCGCAUUGCAAGAUCAGUUCGAGUCGAUUGACUAUGAGAAAUUCAACCAUUUGAAGGGAAAUGAUCCGAAUGCUGGAGAAAGAAAACUCGAAAACGACUUCAAAUUGGCGGAAGACUGGCAUGCCAAAAAGCAAAGAAUUAGGAAGUCCAGCAUAUAUGGAAAGCUACCAAACUGGGACUUAUGCUCUGUCAUUGCGAAAAAUGGGUCGGAUCUUCCUCAGGAGGCUUUCGCAUGCCAACUCAUUACCAUGAUUUCCAACGUUUGGUCCUCCAAACAAAUUCCUCUGUGGACCAAGCGAAUGAAAAUUUUGAUUACCAGUGCGAAUACCGGUCUUGUUGAAACCAUUACAAACGCUAUUUCGAUUCAUUCUAUAAAGAAAUCGUUGACCGAGAUCUCCAUAGCUGCGGGCAGUAAUGCCAGAGGCAGAAUAUUCUCAUUGAAAGACUAUUUUGAGAAGCUAUUUGGAGAUCCUGCUUCUGCGGCUUACAGGUGCGCACAGGCGAAUUUUGCAAAGAGUUUAGCGUCCUAUUCAAUCAUUUGUUAUGUCUUACAAAUAAAAGAUAGGCACAACGGAAAUAUAAUGCUUGAUGAUGAAGGGCAUAUUAUCCACAUCGACUUUGGCUUUCUCUUGUCGAACUCCCCGGGAAGUCUUGGCUUCGAAGCUGCUCCAUUUAAGCUCACAAUGGAGUAUAUUGAACUAUUGGGUGGUCUUGAAAGCGAUCUUUUUGGAGAAUUCAAAGCAUUGUGCAAAGAGUGUUUCAAAGCACUUAGAAAGGAAAGCGACCGGAUAAUCAAUAUGGUUGAAAUUAUGCAGAAAGACUCCAAUCUUCCUUGCUUCAACAAUGGAGACAAUACAAGCGUUCUUCUCAAGAAUAGGUUACAACUACAAUUGAAAGACGAAGAAGUGGACGAAUUUGUCGAAAUCUCGCUCAUCGGAAAGAGUUUAGGGAGCAUGUAUACAAGACUCUACGAUCAAUUUCAGUUGAUUACGCAGGGCAUCUACACUUGA